UGCUGUGGACCGACCGAUGUUCGAAUCCUGCCCGUCCGCCUUUAAAUCUCCAGCCAGUCCAAAGUGCUCGUGGGUUUUGUCGUGCUCGACGAGGAGCUUCAAUGGCCAAUUCUCCGUGCUCCUCAGGCUCCUCGCAGCCAGCAUUUCUCGUCUCUCUCAGGCUCUUUUGAAUCGAAUGCGACGUGGGCGACCGCGAGGGACAAGGAAGCAGAAAAUUUGUGCACCACUGACUUCAGCUCUAGAACUUAUCGCGGGAGAUUCAGGAGGCCAUUUUUCAAAUUUAUAAUUUUUAAGGAUUCAGAGUAUUGGGCAGGCUGGCGGGGGUAAAGUAGGCAUGGCAUUCAGCUCACUGGAAGGGUGGCCCUUAGUUGGGACUUUCUGUUUCCAUGGCCCUCUCUUGCUCACUUUCUCAUGCGCUGGCGAAUUUGAUCUCCUCGGUUUCUCUGGAAAGUGUUGGAGAAGAAGGCGAAUUUAGCAGCAGGAUCGUUCUCAGGAAUUUUAAUAACUUGAACUCUAAGCAGACACACAAUGCAGGUCGUUUAUGCGCAGUUGCUCGGACUUCGAAACCCUCUGCAGUUAGCAAAUCCAGCGGGUCCGAUGAUAAGGACAAGGUUGGUGCAAAGGGUGAUAGCAAAGGUGAAGUUGAGGUUAUUGAGAGGAUCACAGUGCAGGAACAAAAGCCAUCUGCAUCCACACCGGCAAAUGAGGUUCGAAAAGGAGAGGACGUAAAUCCUGAGGGCGAAGGCAAAAGACGAAGGAGGAGCAGAAGGACCAAAGCAGAGAUUGAAGCUGACGAAAAACUGAAGACCGUUGAAGAUUUCUUCAGGGCUUUAGAUGCAAUUGGCGAAGGUCUCGACAUCGACAAUUUGGACUUGGAUGUUUCUCCAAAGCCUCUCAAUUCUUCUAUUGUUGAGCCUCAAUUCGCCGUGGAUGUAGAAUUAUCUGGGACAGCGACUCGAAAUGGGGUAGUAAAACCUAAAGCGAAGAGGAAGCCCCGGGCGAAGAAGAUUGUGGAGGCCGAAGAGGUCCUGAAAGAACAGAGUGUAGAUGGUUCCUCCCCAAUUUCUCACGAGGACCCUGAGAUUGCCGGGGCAGCACAAAGCCGUUCCGAUGAAGAUAGUGUUUCAGUGGGUAAUGAUGCCCGAGAGCAACAUGAACACUCACAAGCCAAGGAUGGAAAGAAGUCAGGAAAGAAGUCUCUGGGUGCUCAGAAAACCUCCAGUCGGAAAAAGAGGCCAGGUCGGAGAGAGAGGGGUGUGUUGUCCCAGGAAGUUGCAGAAGCUAGUAACCACGAGACAACCGAUUCGGCUUUGGAAGGCAGUAGCGAAGCUGAAGUUGUUAAUGGGACACCAGUCACCAGUAGGUUGUCCAUAGAAGAUAUUGACAUGACGGACCGUCAUGGAAAUUCAGCCGAUGAACCAUCGCAGAAAGGCAAAUAUGUAGAUAUCCUUUCUGAUGUCAACCUCAAUCCGAGGGAUUUGUCCAGUAGCCUUCCUUUGGACAGCUCGACACGCAGCAAGGAACAGACAAACGAACGAGAAUCUCUGGGUUCAACACAUUUAUCCAUGGAGGAUGUCCAGAAACCAACAAACGUUGAGUUGCAUGAGGACGUUGCAGGAGCAGGAUCAGGGACCUCUUCAGCCUCCGUUGCUGAAGAGACCACGAGUGAUGCUCUAGAAGAAGGCACCUUACCCCAACGAAAUUCAGGUGCUAAGAGGAGGAGACAACGAAAGAAAAAAGCUUUACCUGAUAAGGAAACAGGAGAGGCAGGUGAAGGUCAGGAGGAGCUGGUGCAUAGGGAACAAGAUCUUCACGAAGGUCUACCUCUUCAGGAAGAUGACUUUGACCCUAUCACUUGGUGUAAAGUUUACUUUAGAGUGGAGGCUGACUUGGAACCUCAUCAGCGGUUGUGCGUGGUGGGAGCGAAUCCCGAGCUCGGCGGCUGGGAUUUAUCUUUGGCUUUGCCACUCUUACGAGCUCAACAUGAAGGAAGUCAAAAUCUGUGGGAAAACACAAUAAAGGUUCCACAGGGAACGAUGCUGGAAUACAAGUACUUUGUAGAAGCCGGAGGUGCAGAUGAGUUCUCUGUAGACAGGAAGUUCGGCCCUGAAUGCCAGUACUUCAUACCUCUCUUGGAGAAGCAGGAGACUAGUCUUGAACUGAUCCGGGAUUUAUGGAUACCCGAUUAUCCAGUAAAACUUCACUCGCUAUCUUGGGGUUCUCGAUGGUGGGAGCAGAUCGACAACUCUGACCUCUUUAGUGAGACUGACAGUGAAACCAGUGUUGAUGCCUCGGUUCAAAAAGAGGAAUCACAGUUUGAGAGUUCUGAAACAGGUAUCCAUCUCAAAUCGGAAGUAGUGGUAGAAGGAAGGCAAGAAGCAGGACCUGGCCAAGCAGCUGUCGCAAGUGAAGAAGAAAAGGUCUUGAGCGGAAAUAAAGGGACGGAUGAGUGGUUGAAACGGAAGAUAAGGAAGAAAGCUCUGCCUAGAGAGGAACCCUGGCUGAUUGAGUCAAUGAUCAUGGAGCAGAGAAAUGAAUUUCAGAGGAAGAAAGAAGAAAAAGUCAAAGAGGAAGCGAAGAUUGACUCAGUAGAAGCAGUCGAGGUGGAGCUUAAGAAAGAACUGCCACCCGUUCAGGUGGAAAUUCUAAUAAAUUCUCCACAAUGCACUAUGCAAAGAAUGGCAAUACUGGAAGAUGGUAAGUUAGUGGAGUUGCUACUUGAACCAGUCAAUACUCGGGUUCAAGUUGGCAACGUGUAUCUUGGAGUUGUAAGGCAGCUUCUUCCGGGAAUGUCUGGAGUUUUCGUAGAUAUCGGUGGCUUCCAGCUGGCUCUACUGGACAUAACAAGGAAUCAGUACCCUUACACCUAUCCCAACCUCUGUAACCCCAGUGGUAUACAGACAAGUGGCUCUGAGCCGAUCACUUUUGACUCCGAGGGGAAGGCUGAGGAAGGUGUUUCAGAAGACGAUGAUGAGGACUUCAGCAGCGAUGAUGUGGACUAUAUGAUUGAUGGAGAUGAGGAAGCUCAAGAUGACCGUGUGGAAGAUGAUGGAUCUGCUGAAGAUUCUGGGGAUGAAGUCGAUGUGGACAAUGACGAUAUUCUUGACGACAUCAACUUGAAAGAAGGUGUCAGAGGAGUGAGUAGUCAUCCUGUUAUCAGAUCUGAUGCCAGCGGUCCAGGUCCCAUUACAGUAAAUUUUGGAAGGAAAUUGAAGAAGUGGCGAAAACUUGAAGAGGGUAUGCAAAUCAUCGUUCAAGUAAAGAAAGAAGCUCUGGGCAAGAAGGGUCCUCGAUUGACGGCUUUUCCAAGCUUAGCAGGUCGUUUUUGGGUUCUUGUUCCUCGCGGUCGGACAGUUGGCGUCUCUCGUAGAAUAACUGGUCCUGAGCGGAGGAGGUUGAGAGGCCUAGCCAUGGAGUUGCAACCUGCAAACUUUGGGUUGACAGUCCGAACAGAGGCUCUUGGUCAUAGUCGAGAGGAGCUUGAGAGAGAUUUGGCACGUCUUAUGGAGACCUGGAAGGAAAUUUUAGACCUCGCUGCUUCUUCAGCAGUUGCAGCCGAACACGAGACCGAAGGUGCCGUUCCCGUACUUUUGCACAGGGCCAUGGGGCAAACCUUGACAAUCGUCAGAGACUUCUUCAACACAAAAGUACACAGAAUGGUGAUCGACUCCCCACAGUGCUUCCAGGAGGUCACAAGUUAUCUUCAGGAAGUUGCGCCGAAUCUUUGUGAUAGAGUAGAGCUUUACACUGGAGCUCAGCCAAUUUUCGAUGCCUACAAUUUGGAGACUGAAAUUGAUAGGUUUUCCAACAAGCGAGUAAAUCUACCUAAUGGGGGCUACUUAAUACUCGAGGAGACUGAAGCAUUAGUAUCAAUCGAUGUAAAUGGAGGCACUGGAAUGCUCGCACAGGACAUAUCACAAGGAGAAGCUAUUCUUGAAGUUAAUUUGGCAGCUGCCCGGCAGAUUGCGUUAGAAAUAAGAUUGAGAGACAUUGGUGGCAUUAUAGUUGUGGACUUCAUCGACAUGGACGACCAAAGUCAUCACAGAUUAGUUUAUGAUGAAAUGCGGAAGGCCAUACAGCGGGAUCGCUCCACACUGAACCUGUCGGAAAUCUCUGAGUUCGGGCUUAUGGAGAUGACGAGGAAGAGGGUGCGACCAAGUGUAACUUUAACAAUAAGCGAACCGUGCCCUCUCUGUCAUGGGGUUGGUCGUGUUGAAGCCCAUGAAACCACUUUGUCUAGGAUAGAGCGAGCGGUACGGAGAUUAUUGGCCACAAGACCAAAGCAGGCGGACUUGUUGGACAGCUCCAAAUGGCCACAGUUCCUUCUCAGGGUGGAUCCAGUUAUGGCUGAUUACUUAAGGGCAAGGAAACGCAAACGCAUCACUCAGCUGAGUGCCGCCCUCAAAGUAUGGCUGACUUUGAAGGUUGCCUUGGAGUUUAGCAGCAGUUACUUUCAAGUGUUGGAGCAAACAAGAGGAUCCCAUGAGAGACGAGCAAAUGGGACUGGGCAUAACAGAGCUAAUCAGCAAAAUCAGCAUCAGAAUCAGCAGAAUCAGGGAGCAGUGCCAGCAAGUGGUGUCCUAAGCAAGAGGGUGUGGCCUUCGAAGAGGCGACGAAAUUUUGGUAAUCAGGUAUUCAAUAGAGAGUCUAGGGAAUCGAAGGACUCUUCAUAGUUAGUCUGAAUGUAGAGUAACAAUGAGUAAUACUUUUGAAGGUUCAAUUUUAGCAAAUUCCUGUGCAGAUGUAGUGAAACGGCUUAUGUUGUGAAAGACAAGAGUUUGUGAUUACUCAACCUUUCAUCAUAGUUAGUUUCUUGUUGAUACUAUCUCCGAAAGAGCCAUUGCUCAAUGUAAGGAACAUCAAAGGUAAUUCGCCGUUAUCGGCCCUAUAGGACCUAUUUUUCUUGAGACUCAAGUUAGUUCACUGUCGGGUCUCAAAAUUACGCGAAGUAUAAGAAUUUUCGCAUGAAAUGAAGUGAAAAUUCUUAAGAGUUAAUUGAGGAUGUGCAGGAGGUCCUUCUGGACAAUAUUUCCUGUCACCUGGAGAUUUUUGCCGACCUUCGGACGUAUGUACUCUGAGUACGGAAAAUUGUACGUCUGCUUUGAUGGACAGACGAAUUUCUCCUCGUUGAAAUGAAAGCAUAGUCAUGAAUUUUGC